AUGUGGUUAGGCCCUGCCCCUCAGUACAAUGAGACCAACACAACACAAGAUGAACUGGAGGCUCACCCAGCCCAAGAUGAACUGGAGGCUCACCCAGCCCAAGAUGAACUGGAGGCUCACCCAGCCCAAGAUGAACUGGAGGCUCACCCAGCCCAAGAUGAACUGGAGGCUCACCCAGCCCAAGAUGAACUGGAGGCUCACCCAGCCCAAGAUGAACUGGAGGCUCACCCAGCCCAAGAUGAACUGGAGGCUCACCCAGCCCAAGAUGAACUGGAGGCUCACCCAGCCCAAGAUGAACUGGAGGCUCACCCAGCCCAAGAUGAACUGGAGGCUCACCCAGCCCAAGAUGAACUGGAGGCUCACCCAGCCCAAGAUGAACUGGAGGCUCACCCAGCCCAAGAAGAACUGGAGGCUCACCCAGCCCAAGAAGAACUGGAGGCUCACCCAGCCCAAGAAGAACUGGAGGCUCACCCAGCCCAAGAAGAACUGGAGGCUCACCCAGCCCAAGAAGAACUGGAGGCUCACCCAGCCCAAGAAGAACUGGAGGCUCACCCAGCCCAAGAAGAACUGGAGGCUCACCCAGCCCAAGAAGAACUGGAGGCUCACCCAGCCCAAGAAGAACUGGAGGCUCACCCAGCCCAAGAAGAACUGGAGGCUCACCCAGCCCAAGAAGAACUGGAGGCUCACCCAGCCCAAGAAGAACUGGAGGCUCACCCAGGCCAAGAAGAACUGGAGGCUCACCCAGGCCAAGAAGAACUGGAGGCUCACCCAGGCCAAGAAGAACUGGAGGCUCACCCAGCCCAAGAAGAACUGGAGGCUCACCCAGCCCAAGAAGAACUGGAGGCUCACCCAGCCCAAGAAGAACUGGAGGCUCACCCAGCCCAAGAAGAACUGGAGGCUCACCCAGCCCAAGAAGAACUGGAGGCUCACCCAGCCCAAGAAGAACUGGAGGCUCACCCAGCCCAAGAAGAACUGGAGGCUCACCCAGCCCAAGAAGAACUGGAUGCUCACCCAGCCCAAGAAGAACUGGAUGCUCACCCAGCCCAAGAAGAACUGGAUGCUCACCCAGCCCAAGAAGAACUGGAUGCUCACCCAGCCCAAGAAGAACUGGAUGCUCACCCAGCCCACUAA